AUGGAUACACCUUCAGCAAGUAAUAAAAGUAAUCUCACGUUUUUUGUAAGUUUUUUUGUUUUUAUUUCCACUUUAGGCAGUUGAAAAGAAUAAUUAUUAUUCAAAACCUUAUAAACUUGUUCUUCGUUUUAUAGAUUUAUAAUUAAUUUUUGUUUCAGAACACUUUGGAAAGUUCAGAAGACGAAAGCUUAGGCGGAGGGGAAGAUAUAGUCAAGAUUCCAGAUUUACCGUGCGAAUUACCCAAAUAUAAGAAGAUAUUGGGCACGGCCAAAACAGUAUUAGAAAAAGAUGCGGUUUUUGUACGAACGAGGGAAGAGUUGUAUUCUGAAAUGGAUGAAUUGGUCAGGAGAUUUCAAUCUGAUCGAGAUUUGAGUCCAGAAAGUUUAUUUCGAAUGUAUGAGAGUAUGGAAGACUCGAUAGAUAAUUGUAUUGACCUGAAUAGCGCACAUCUUUCUGUGCUGAGGUAUCAUGCUUUAGAAUUGGCCAAAUUUGCACCACUAGAAGUGCUGGACGCUGAUGAGGAUAUUCCAAUUGAGGAACAGGAGAAUGAAGAAGUUGAAAUUUCAGGUAACUAUUUUUUAUGUUUUUUUUUUGAAUUUUAGAUAAUAAUCGAACAAAAUUAGAUCUUGGCUGUUUGAAAACGUAUAAAUAAUAUUCAAGAAUUUUUUUGAAGUAUUGCCCUUAUUUUUCUUUACUUUAAAAAUAAACGUUUUUAAUUUUAGAUAACACUCCGCACGUUCCAGUGAAGAAGGUCAAGAAAGUGGAAGAUGCUAAAGUUAACAAGAAGAAGCGAAAAGAAGAUGCUUUAUCUUCUGUUUCUACAAGGAAUUCAUCACAAAAUUCAAAGACUGAUAAUGGAUAUCAAGAACCCAAGAAGAAGGUCGCUUUAAAACGAACAGAAGAAACUCCAGUACGCCGUGUAGCUGAACCGAAAACGACAAAGAAGCCAGAAAAGAAAGAAAAACAACCAGAAGUUGCUGUUAAGGAAGAAGAGGAGGAGAAGAUGGAUAUUGACGAUAAUUCUGACGCCGAAAGUAAAGAAGAUAUGAUAGAGACACGAAGGAACACUAGAAGGACACCAGCAGACAAAGCUGUUGAUAAGGUGAAGAAGGUGGUGACGAGGUUGAAGAAAAGCGGAACGCCAGAUUCAGAAAGGCCGAAGAAAAAGGCGGAUAGUGUUGUAAGUACAACGACAACACGCCAAUCAGCUCAACGACGUGCCAAGCUUCAAAACGAAGCCAAUCCAGAUGAACAAACGUAUUGUCUAUGUGAUCAGAUCUCUUAUGGACAGAUGAUUGGAUGUGAUAAUCUUCACUGUUCGAUAGAAUGGUUCCACUUUGAAUGUGUUGAUAUCAAAGCUAAGCCGGCUAAAGGAGUCAAGUGGUACUGCCCGUUGUGUCGAGGUGACAAGUCAUCUGUUUUGAAGCCAGGGUUAAAACGUUGA